GACUGCUGAUUCGAGGUUUCUGCCAUGGAUGUCCAUGGUUAGGGGGUUCCUGUACGGUUCAUUCAGAUCUGUCCUGUGUGUCGUCCCGGCUCCCGCUAUCAGAAUUUUUGCAUGAAUUUGGUGGGUUUGUUGAGGACGCUACUGGAGGGGAGUCCUAUGCGAGGCGUUUUGGGCUCCUAGGAUUUCUCCAGAUUUUUGUAUUUCCUGCAAAUUUCUCCAGACUUGAGGCCUUUAGCAACAGAAAUUCCUUUCUUUUUCCAUCUUUUAUCAGAUAAAAGCGGGUGAGUGAGCUGUCUUGGAGUUCCCUUGUGUACUGAGCUUUAUGCGAAUUUUCUUUCCCAUUUUGAUAUAUUUUCUGUUCCUUUCUUCAAUGGUUCCUUUGUUUCUUAAUCGAAUUCUGGUUCUUGAAACUAAAAAAAAGCGAGAACCUCCGCUUUGUUCCAUGUCUGACAACAUAUUCACUAAGCCAGUCACCUACAAAUAGUAUUGUUGUAAUCUGAAGAUUGUACUGGUACAGAGCAUUUGAGCUUCCUCUGCUUCAACUUGAUGAUCAACGACACAUCGGGCUUUGUUAGUGGUGGAUCAAAUGGUACUUUACUGCUGCUGAUAUUCUUCCACUUCGUCUACUCUACGGUGCACAUAUAAGGGAUCAGCAAACCCCCCGAUCUCGCUGUCCAGAGAUACUCUCCUCAUUGUUGUUCUUCUUCCACCACCUUUAGUGUAUUAUUCAAGUACUUAGUCUAGAUGAAUAACGGUUUUGCGGGUAUCCUGAACCGCGGAAACCAGCCUCUGAUGGAGAAUCCUGAAGUUUCAAUGGGGCUCUCGGUGCCAAGCUACACAUUAGGCAGCCAUGGUCAGAGCCAGAUAACGUUUGGCCUAGGACGGUUGGGUUCAGCGAUGGACAGUAGCUGCAACAAUGGUCGCGGAGGAUUACGGAGGCCGAGUCAUGCGCCUGCCCAAGAUGAUGGCUGCAGGCUAGUCCUUGGACUGGGUCCGACGCCGGAGGUUCACUCUGCAGAUCACCAGCCUGCCGGAGCAGACAAGUCGAGAGCACCUGUGACUUUGUUUGGCCAGAGCUUCUCCUUCACCGAUCCAGGGGUGUUGAGCCUUGGGAUUCAUCGGAAGAAUAAUGCUGGAACAAUAAUUCAACACUCGGAACCGCCUGCCGGAAACAUCGUCUCCUUCACUGUUGAUGAGGGCUCGACGUCGGCGAGGAGGAGCUCCGGCGGCUACAUGCCAUCCCUGCUCUUCGCGCCUCGGCCUGCGUACUUCUCUGCUGAUGAAGAGGCGCAGGGUUUGCUAAAUCACAUGGACAGCACUAAUGAUAGUGAUCAGCAUUGUCUUCGACCCAGCCCCGAACCUUCAGCAUCCAUGACGGAGGCUUCGUUUGGCGUGAGCUCUGAUGUUGUCACGGUGGUAAGCCAUCCUGGACAGCAGGCUCACCGCCGGCAUCCCAAGAAGUGCAGGUUCAAAGGGUGCUCCAAGGGUGCGAGAGGUGCGUCAGGGCUGUGCAUCGCUCACGGCGGCGGGCAGAGGUGCCAGAAGCCUGGGUGUCACAAGGGCGCCGAGAGCAGCACGGCCUACUGCAAGGCCCACGGCGGGGGCCGCCGGUGCCUGCAGCUUGGCUGCACCAAGAGCGCUGAAGGGAAGACGGAUCACUGCAUCGCCCAUGGCGGCGGCCGCCGGUGCGGUUAUGCUGGCUGUCCUAAAGCAGCGCGGGGAAAGUCCGGGCGUUGCAUCAAGCACGGCGGAGGGAAGAGAUGUUCCGUGGAAGACUGCAUCAGGAGCGCCGAGGGGAGGGUCGGGCUGUGCAUCUCCCACGGCGGCGGCCGGCGGUGCCAGUACCCGGACUGCCGCAAGGGCGCGCAGGGCAGCACGCUGUACUGCAAGGCGCACGGCGGCGGCAAGCGGUGCGUCUUCGAGGGCUGCGCCAAGGGCGCGGAGGGCAGCACCCCGCUGUGCAAGGCGCACGGCGGCGGAAAGCGGUGCAUGUUCGAGGGCGGCGGCGUGUGCCCGAAGAGCGUCCACGGUGGCACCGACUUCUGCGUGGCGCACGGCGGUGGGAAGCGGUGCGCGGUGCCCGGGUGCAGCAAGAGCGCGCGGGGGCGCACGGACCGCUGCGUGAAGCACGGCGGCGGCAAGCGGUGCAGGGUCGACGGGUGCGGCAAGAGCGCGCAGGGGAGCACCGAGUACUGCAAGGCCCACGGCGGCGGCAAGCGGUGCACCUACGGCGCCGGCUGCGAGAAGUUCGCGCGCGGCCGCAGUGGCCUCUGUGCGGCGCACGGGAGGCUGGUGGCCUCGCAGCAGCAGCAGCGCCGGGUCGGCGGGGGAAGCAUGAUUGGGCCGGGCCUGUUCCACGGCAUCGUUCCCUCCGCCAACGAGUACACAUCAUCGGGCGUGAGCACGGUGUCGGACUGCGACGGCUCGCCCGUGGCGGGGACGACGAGACAGGAGCUGAUCCCUCCCCAGGUGCUGGUCCCCCACUCUAUGAAGUCCUCGCCGCCAGCCGCGGCGCCAGCGGACGGGGGCAGAGAGGAAGGGGUGGUCGCCAUCCCCGAGGGAAGGGUGCACGGCGGUGGCCUCCUGUCGUUGCUUGGCGGGACAUUCAGGAACGUCGACGUCGACAAGCUCUGAAGCAUGGCAGCGCCUCCGAGGCUCGAUUUCUACUUCUACAGCUCUUCUUCUUCCACCAAAAAAAAAGGAAAAAACUGUAUGGAGUAUUUCUUCUUACUAUAGCUGUUAGAUUGGCUGUGUAUAAGGGAUGUUCUUGUUUGCAUACCGAACUUGUUUGGCGAAAUUUAGGUUAAUUUUGGUUCCCUUGUGUCAUCAAGACUCAAGACAUGAACGUGUCAGGGGCAUUUAUAUGGUUAAAUUGUUCGUGGCAGAUCCGAAAGCUUUUGGGACGGCAAGGCUUUUAGGCUCUAGUUGUUGUGAAUAAGAUCAAUGUGUAAUAAUCAAAUUUUAAUUCUUGCUGAA